CACGUACAACGAAGGAAAAGCUGCCAAUCCAGAGCGCUAGACUUCCUCGUGACAACUUUACGAUCAGUCUUGCGGCCAAUAGGCCAAGAAAAAAGCGCGGAUAACUUGACCCGCUCGUCCCAUGCUUGACUGCCGAAGCUCAUCAUUGAGUUGUACCCUGCCUGUGUCGUAAACAUGGCAAACUCCAGGUUCGAGUACGUCAAGAACUUUGAGCAGCCAGACACCCUGCUGCCAAACACCUGGAUCGUCGUGCGGAUAGACGGCAGGGGUUUCACCAAGCUGUGCGCCCGAUAUGGCUUCGAGAAGCCCAAUGACCGCAGAGCUCUCGACCUGAUGAACGCCGCCGCAAAGGCUGUCAUGGGCGAUGUCACCGACAUCACGAUCGCGUAUGGCGUCAGUGAUGAGUUUAGCUUUGUGUUUCAUAAGUCAUGCACCAUGUUCGAGAGAAGAGCAAGCAAGCUGGUGUCGACGAUAGUGUCGACCUUCACAGCAUACUAUGUCUAUCUCUGGUCUACAUAUUUUCCGGACACCCCCUUGGCUCCGCCACUCCCGAGCUUUGAUGGACGGGCAGUGUGCUACCCGAGCGUGCAGAACCUGCGUGAUUACAUGAGCUGGAGACAAGCAGACUGCCACAUAAACAACCUGUAUAACACGACCUUCUGGGCCUUGAUCCAGCUGGGUGGGAUGGAGGCCAAAGAGGCCGAGAAGUUCCUCGCGGGCACGUUGGCCAAGGACAAGAACGAGAUCCUCUUUUCCCGCUUCAAGAUCAACUACAACAACGAGCCCGAGUCGCUAAAGAAGGGCAGUGUUCUCUUUCGUGAUUAUGAACUGGUAGAGCCGGGAUCGCAACCAGUAGAUCAUGCCGAUGGAGGGUUUGGGGAACCAGCGCAGCAGUCCAAGACACAGAUCGAGAACGACAAGAAACGGCGGGCGAAGGCAAAAGUGGUCGUGGAGCAUCUUGAUAUCAUCAAGGAUGAUUUCUGGGAGCGAAGACCGUGGCUGCUGUCCAAUAAGCCGGGCAAGAUACCCAAGCAAACGUAGGAUGGACUAUACAGGCGUGACUGAGAUAUCGUAAGGUUGCGCUGAAGCAAGAACGUGCCGAGGCUUUUGGAUAUUUGGUCGUAAUGCGAAGUCAACGUCAUACGCCGUCGUUUCAAGCCAUUGUA